AUGCUAACCUUCCAGUCCACGCUCGAGCGGAAUGCCUUUCCCGUAUGGCGCGACCACUACGUGAGCUACCUCGAGCUCAAGGCGCUUGUUCAAAAGCUCCAGCGGCGCGCGACCUUUCUGCGGCAGCACGAAACAGGCAACGAGGCGGCGCCCUGCCUCCCGCCCGAGGCCAGCGACUUUGAAGCUGCGUUCGUCGCCAACUGCGUCCGUGUUGAAGAUUGGUACAGCGCGCGCCUCGACGAGUUCUCGGCUCAGUUUGCACUUCUCGCGCGGCAGUGGGAUGCACUCGCAACAAGCAGCGACGACGCCAAGUCCAAGACGCUCAAAACGUCGUGCAUUGAGCUCCACCGCCUCGUUCACGGCCUGUACAACUACGCCCGUCUCAACUACACGGCGCUGCGCAAAAUUCUCAAAAAAUACCUGAAAAAAUGCCCCAUGGCCGGCGCCAACCACGACAAGCUCCAAACCGAGCUCCAUUGCCAAGCGUUCGCGACCGCCGAGGCAGCGCAACGAUUGGCGGCAGAUCUCGAGGCCUUUUACACGGCGUCGUUCCACGACAAUGACCGCGUCCUCGCGCUCUCGGAACUCGACGGCUGGAAAGACGACGCGCUCGACUGGCGACACGUGUACAUUGGCUUGAAGAUGGGCAUCUGCUUGGUGCUGACGCUCUGGGUUUUGUGGCACUACGUGUUCUCGGCGGUCAGCACACGCGUCGUUUUGUCGCAGACCAAGGCGUACCCUGUCUACCGCGGCGUCGCGCUGCUUCUCUUCUUCCACUGGCUCUGGGGCCUCACGCAGUUCGUCUUGCGCUCGGCCCGCAUCGACUAUCUAUACAUCUGCGAGCUCGACCCGCGCACGACCGCCGACUACACCCAAGUCUUCAACGACGCCAGCGACCUCACGAUGGUCUUCUACGCCAACUUUCUCUUGUACGUCCAGGUCGUCUCGGGCGAGCUCUCCGAGUCGCUCCUUCCCCGCGGCUACUACCCGCUCGCACUCGUCGUGUACGUCCUGUACCGCUACUGCAUCAAGGCGUGGUCGCGCCAGAAGCGACUGCUGCGCGUCCUGCACGACAUUGCGCUCACGCCGUUCUUUCCCGUGAGCUACUUUCACACGUUCGUCGGCAACUACUUGACGAGCGCCACCAAGAUGAACCAGGACUUUGCGUGGACCGUGUGCUUUUUCGCCACCGGCGAGUUUACCGAGAGCGACGACGUGGUCUGGGUCUGCCUGUUCGUGUGCAGUUCGCUCUAUUCGUGGGUCUGGGACGUGGUCAUGGACUGGGGCGUUGGCCGGCGUCCACGGCACGAGUUUUUAGCCACGACCCGCAUCAAGUCGCGGCGUCACGUCUACUAUGCGGUCGCUAUCGGGAUUGACCUCGUUCUCAGCUUCUCCUGGACACUGGCGCUGAUCCCGCCCGACGCCGGGUCGCCUCUGGGCACGGUGCUGCUCUCGAUGCAGCCCAUGAUGAUGUUUAUGGAGCCCAUGCGCCGCGCCAUGUGGAGCUGCCUCGCGAUCAAGAACGAGCACCUGCGCAACACACUGGGCUUUCAAUCGACGUACUCGCUCCCGCUGCACUUGGAUCCGCCGUCGUCUCUUGAUGAAGGCAAAGCCUCGGCGACGACAUACGUGUACAAGAUUGCAGCUCUGAGCGCGGGCUUGCUUUGUCUCAGCGUAGCUGCCAUUGUGCUAGGAUAA